AAUCUGUGCAUUCGUGAUGUGAUGGAGGAAAGUGAUUCGUACAAUGCAAUUUCGUCGAAUAUUACGAAAGAAAUAUGCUUAGUGAAAAUUCAUUUAAAUAUACAUUUGUUAAAGAUUUCUGGGAAAGUGUGUUUCGGUAGGCUUAUUGUUUUGUGAAAACAAAAUGCAAAGUAUAUAUCUGUGAUCUAUUAUAAAUUAUAAAUCAUGAGUACCAUGAAGAACCCAAAUCCAUCAUCUUCGAAAGUGGCUUUGUUAAGCCACAUUAAAUACGAGCACCUGGUAGCUGGUAUAUCGGGUGGCGUUACGUCUACGCUGAUUCUGCACCCUUUGGACCUCAUUAAAAUUAGAUUUGCUGUGAAUGACGGCCGGACCGCCACAGUGCAUAGGUACGACGGGCUCAGCAGUGCAUUCGUGACCAUAGUGAAGAAAGAAGGCGUGAAGGGGCUGUACAGAGGGGUCACGCCCAACGUCUGGGGCUCCGGUUCCGCAUGGGGAUUCUAUUUCUUAUUCUACAACGCAAUAAAAACAUGGAUCCAAGGCGGCAACGCGCGCAACCCGCUCGGUCCCGGCAUGCAUAUGCUCGCCGCCGCCGAGGCCGGAGUCCUAUCCCUCAUCAUGACCAACCCCAUCUGGGUGGUGAAGACAAGACUCUGCCUGCAGUAUAGUGAAGAACAUGUUGCUGACAAUAAGAGAUACAAGGGGAUGGUGGAUGGACUGUGCAAGAUUUAUAGGACUGAGGGGGUCAGGGGAUUAUAUCGGGGCUUCGUACCCGGCAUGUUUGGCGUGUCACACGGCGCGCUGCAGUUCAUGACCUACGAGGAGAUGAAGAACCGCUACAACCAGUACCGGAACCUGCCCAUCGACAUUAAACUGACGUCGGUGGAAUACCUGACGUUCGCGGCCGUGUCGAAGCUGAUAGCGGCGGGCGCCACGUACCCGUACCAGGUGGUGCGCGCGCGCAUGCAGGACCAGCACCGCGUCUACCGCGGCGCCUGGCACUGCGUCACCGAGACCUGGAGCCACGAGGGAUGGCGCGGAUUCUACAAGGGGCUUCAGCCGAACCUCGUUCGAGUGGUCCCGGCCACCAUGAUCACGUUCCUCACCUACGAGAACGUGUCGCACUAUAUGCUUCGACGAGGACGGGAAAUCAAACUGCCUUCCUAAAUGUACGAACUGAUUGGAUGCUCGCCAUCGGUCAACGGCCUACUCGUAGGGUUGCGUCUGGUGUCCAGCCGGAGAGAAAAGGAGUGGCGAUCGACUAUGGUGCGGUCAGAAUACCCGUAAAUUGUCUCCCCAGGCACAUACGAGAACGUGUCGCACUACAUGAUGCGCCGCGGACGGGAGAUCACACUGCUUUAUUAAAUAUAUUAAAUACGGGACAUUCACAUAUUUUAAGUCGAAAAACGCUCGACAUGUAUCAAUCCGUACCGAAGAGUGACUUCAGGAGCUCGCGUUGGCGUACCGGCGCUGACAACAUACAACACGGAGUGAAACAUGUCGAGCGUUUUUCGACUUAAAAUACGUGAGUGACCGGUUUUUAAUAUGUUUAAUAGGAAGUUUUGUUAUAAAAAUCACACUGCUUUCAUAAGUGUGCAAACUGACGCUGCGAGAGCGAGAGGUGCGGCGUCUAGCGUCUAUGUUAAACAUAUGCGAGCGUCUUCAGUGCGCGCUGUUCAAAACACUAGGUAGCUUGACGCUCUGCUGAACGCUUGAAGCCUUGAACAAGGCCGUGCCCUAAUAUCACAGGCAAGGCAAAGCUGG